AUGCAGCCGUUUAAUAUGCGAAAGGCCGCAACAGUAAAGGAAACCACGAUGGUCCUGGUAGUGUUUCUAGGAAUGUCGCUGAUGUUAAAGAGCCAUAAUAGAAUUCCACUCGACAACUUUGGAAAUGAUUCAAAUGCUUGUGGACAAACACAACCCUCAUCUACUCAAAUCCCUUUAUUCAACAAUCAUUCUUUGGCCGAUGUUAGUAGCAAAAAGAACGAUGACGACAAGAAGGGCGACGGAACAACGGAACAGGAGAGAGGAGCUCUUUUUUCUGGCAACAAGGCCUUGACGAACAAGUUGGACGCGUCAAUAAUGAUCACGUCGAAUUUAAUUCCGACACACCCACACAUUGGUAUGCUAGAAGAUACAAUAUUUUCCUUGCAUCGGUUUCUAAAAGGCAUUCCGUUCGACACCCCUAUCUACGUCAUUGUUGAUGGUCUACGACCUAAGGAGUUUAAUGAAAAUAAUUGGGAGCGACGGACAAAUUACAUCCAAAACGUCCGAGAGCAUAAUUUUGCGCCCUUCACGAAUGUUCAAGUUGUUCCGAUGGAGGAUCAUCGAUUUCUUGCCGGCUGCGUCAAGUUUGCGCUCGAAAACAAUAUUGAGACAGAGUUCUUGUACAUAAUUCAACAUGAUUUGCCAUUCUGCAGAGAGGUUGAUCAUUGGAGAUUGCUUAAAACUAUGCGCGAGCACCCUGAUGUAUUGUUCAACGUUCGCUUUCGGUACAACAACAAGGUUUCUACGACUGGUAGCCAUUGCAAAUCUUACAAGAACAUGUCGGAUUUUCCUAAGGAAGAUUUUAAUGGAUUGAGUUUCUUUUGGACAAAUUUUUUUAGUGACAACAACCACCUAACAACGAAGAGGUACUACAGGUAUUUGCUGAGCAAUUUCAAGCAUUACCGAAGGUCGAUGGAAAACCUUAUUUCUUGGAAGUCAAGAUAUAACUGCACUUAUAUGGGGCAGCAGAUCUAUGGCCGUCGCGACGACGGAGAGACCCAUAUCUGUCACUUAAACGGCAGGCAAGCUUUUGGAAAGAAGGUCGACAAAACAAGAAGUGCCGAACAGUCAAUUUUGUGUCGCAAUCUCAUCUAUGGUGAAAUGACAGGACUGACAAAGAGUCAGGAUGAUGCAUGA